AUGACGACGCUAAGCGUAACACCCCUAACACGAAUAUGGCAGCCCUCAGAGUGGGUAUUAGGAGCUGUACUACGCUAUUUACGCCAAACUCGUGUUUGUGCGGGCAUUAUGGUCUUUACCGAGAUGUCAGUCGCCUUAAAACGUCACCCUCCCUUCGCAUGGUCCUAUUUAGAAAUUCCUCGUAUAGAUCUAGUUCCGAGGAAGGCCCCAAGGAAUUGUAUACGGGCUUUGAAAUCUCCAGCUCACCCGAGGAAUGGCAAUGGGUAGAAAGACUUUUGGGGCCAAAAGUUGUACCGCAGCCAAAGCCGAAGGCAGAUUAUCCAUCUGGCUGGAAACCACCUUCAGAUGCUGCUUUAUCACUACCAUAUUUUGUAAAACGGAAUAAGAACUACAUGCUGCCAGUGUAUCUGAAUAUUCAGUUCAGAGGACAGCGGCGUAUAACUGUAGUUCGCAAUAUCCAAGGCGACAUAUGGCUGAUGGAACGUGAAUUGAGAGAGCAUCUGGAAUCUGUUGUAAAGAAACCUGUUAUUACAAUGGUCCAUGAGGUCUGCUGCUUAAUAAAAAUCAAAGGAGAUGUUUAUUUACCUGUGGAGCAGUGGCUUUAUCAAAAGGGCUUCUAGUGUGUAGUGCAACUAGAAAACAACAUGGUUCAAGUAAUUUUGUACAUUUAAUUUCAUCCAUGCAUGAAUAACAUUGGAAGGGUGAUUUUAAUUAUGAGUUCAGUAUACAUUGUGGACUGAAGUUUGCAGUACAUCAUGCAUAAAUUCAAACCCAGAAAUCUAGACAUUUGUGUCCUGUCAUAAUUCCAUGAGGCAAAUUUGUAAAUAAA